GACGUCUGACCGUCUGACCAGCGGAACAAAUAAACGCGGAGUAUCGCUACAACUAAAAUAGAAUGUUUUGGACAACCCCAGUUUUGCAACUCGAGUAUGUGCGUAAUCGAGUUCGAGUGAACUCAUCGCUUCAGUUAAAUACCGGCCGACCUUGACAAAGGAAAACGCGUCGCAAUUUACGCAAAUCUCCCCAAACUUUUCCAUCCAGCGCACUACCUUCUGCGCCGAAAAGUACUCUCGAAUUCUAACGCGUCUAUUGGCAUUACAGAGGGUCCUGUAAAUCAACAGUCGACGGCCAUCACCAAAUCCUGCGAAAUCUCAAACACACCGCCGCGUGAUGCCACAUCUAAAAAAUUUACGCGGCAACUCGCCGAACAGUUGCGUCAAGAGCCGCCGAUUCCCCGAUUUCGUAACCUCAAACAUGCGUCACGAUUCGUCAAAACGCUCAUUGCGCCUAAGAAAGUAGUGCUGCGCCUUCCUGCCCCGACCAGUCGAUGCAGACCGACUUUACGGCUUUCAAAGCAAUAUUUCAAAUUUAUUUACACCGGAAACUUAUAAUAUGAGUAGAGAAAUAUUAUGUUGACCGUUCAGUUUUGAAAAAAAACUUUCCGAGUCCGUUGACGUCAGAUGUCUUCCGGGGUGGAAACCGCUCCGAGAGCCGUAUCACUCCGCGGCUGCCUUCGCGCUUUCACAAUGGCGGUGCGUAAGUUGCCUUUCCAUAGUUUGUAGCUGUUUCUGAGUGGGGUAGGCCGACCAGUUGGCCGUUCCCAUCGGUUCGUCCGGAAUCAUCACGGAGCACACUACACACUCUGGAAUACUCAACCGCUCAACUGGAGACUGCCACCCCGCUAGGAAACAACGCAAAUCAAGUCUGGAAGCCAAAACUGCGACCAUCUGAACGACAGUAACAAAGAAAGAAGCAGGGAUAUAAAAAAAAAUCGACGCGAUCUCGGCGAACUAGUUCAAGGAGUCAUUGUUCGGGCGACGUGGAGAGAGAGCGCUUGCUCGUGUUGCCUCUUCGGGACGCAAGCCUUUUCGCCUCGCCGUCGUCGACCAACAGUCACCAAAGCCAUCUCGAAAACGUCUUCGACCUCUGUUUAAUUUAAUUAUUUUCUCGCGGCAAUCGAAACGAUGUUCACUACGACGCUCUAAAGGGAAAAGAAGCAGAAAUAAAAAAGUUGGAAGCAAGAGGAAGACAUCCCUGUCGACUCGUGUGCGUCAAUCGCUCCGAGCCUGUGCGUCGUGCAGCCGGCGGUGUGAAUACAUCUCCACGUCUCGGAUACCGUUCCAGAUGAAUAUCGCACGCCUAUCCGUGGAUAUCCAGGCGGCUCAAGAGAAACGGCAGCAGAACUUCGACAAGGUUCCCGAUGGAGUUUGUGCGACAGGGGGCAACCUCAGCCCUAACCUCCAGCCGGCGACUCCGCCGGUGUUCCCGUGCAACCGGGAACCCUUCGCGGCCAGCCUCGUCGGCGGACGCUACAUCCUUCUCGAGCAACUCGAAGGCAGUGCCAUGUACAGAAGUGUCAACGUCCACACCCAGGAGGAAUUUUCCUGCAAGGUGGUGCCGAGCGAGCGUUGCCGGCAGGCACUGGCAGGCCACCUGCGACUGGACGGUCGGGACCACGUGAACCAGGUGGAGGAGGUGCUGGUGGGGGACUCCCUGACGUAUGUCUUCUUCAAGCGCUCGUACGGCGACCUCCACUCGUAUGUGCGUGCCAAGCGGCGCCUCAGGGAGCCCGAAGCGCUCUGCCUGUUCCACCAGGUGGCCUCGGCAGUGCAGGCGUGCCACGAGGCAGGCGUCGUGCUGCGAGACCUCAAGCUGCGCAAGUUUGUCUUCGAGGACCCCGAACGCACGCGGCUGAAGCUGGAGACUCUCGAAGACGCCGUCGUUCUCGAAGACCCGUCGAGCGACGCGCUGAGCGACAAGCACGGCUGCCCGGCGUAUGUCAGCCCGGAGAUCCUGACGACGUCGGCCGGCGGACGCUACAGCGGGCGCGCCGCCGACUGCUGGAGCCUCGGCGUGCUCCUGUACACCCUCCUCGUGGGACGCUACCCCUUCCACGACAGCGAUCCCGGCGCACUCUUUGCCAAGAUCCGCCGUGGCGUCUUCUCCGUUCCGGAGUCUCUGGGUCCAAGGGCGCGGUGCCUGGUGCGCUCGCUGCUCCGGAAGGAUCCGUCGGAGCGACUCACCGCGGAAGAAGUCCUGGGACACCCGUGGUUUGCACGGCGGAAGUGCGCGACCGCGUCCUCGGUGCACCGGGAAGGUUGCCUCAACCGCGAAGACGCGUCGACGGACCAGACUGUGCCGGAGUACGCGGCGCCGCCGGAAGCGAUGACAGACUGAUGUGCGCACCGCUUAGUCUGGGUGCGGAUUGCGGCGGACGUUUGGGGUGCCGUUCUUCUAUCACUGCCGCGGAUAUGGCGGGGGCGCGGAAGAGCGGUGUUGCCCUCGCCACUGUGUUCCUCCACGGCGGCCUCUCGUGUUUAGAACUCGAGAGUUCGGCAGCGGCGACGCACAUGCCCGCGUUGGUACAACGGAGCAAGCGCCGCCGUCAUGGGGGAAACCGGCGAGCGACGCCGUCGGAGCACGAACCCCGCGUCUCUCGCAAGGGAGACGCGGCGUCUCGCGGAAUUCCGUCGUUCCACCGCCCGACCGCAAUGUAUCGUCUGCGACGAAAGCAGACGACUCCAAAGAAGCAGACGACAGUCUGAAAAAAACAAAGUGUGCGCACUCUAAGGAACCGAGGGAUGCAAGAGCACCUCAUUGAAUCAUUUCACUGUAUAGUCCCACCUUUCCACACUGUUCUCAUCAGAAUGCGUGCCAACGUUUGAAACAAAGAAACUGGGAAGGUGCGAGGUACGCCCUCGCACUUGUGUAGCUUUUCAUUCCGACGCUUUGUUUCUUGGGCGCGUGCUGGGUCCACAAGCAGCCACUGCUCGCUUGAAAACAAAAAGAAAUGAGGAACGCCAGCUAGAUAGAGUCACGACGGGCGGUUCGCAGAACCGGAGGCACUGUGCAAUCGUGUGCGUGUAUGCAUAAAUGGAGCGAGAAACAUACGACAAAACAAAAGAAGCACACUAAAGUGUAGAGGGAAACCUGAAUGUCAGCCUAUGAUCAACGUUGUUGCGCUUGCGCAAACUCUUUGUUGUUGGUGUUGAUGCCAUCGAUGUGUUUUGGCAGUCUCUCCUCUUUUUCUUUUCGUGCAACUGUCUCUAUUUCCUGUGCAACUGCUAAAUUUAUUUAAAACUCCGGUGGGGGAAAGGAGUGGGUGGAUUCUCCCCGUGAUUCUCGGUACUCUUUGGAAGGUUGAAGCAGUUCUUUGUGUACAUCUAAGGAGGGACUGCUGUUCUUUUUUCUUUUUUUUUAUUGUUGUGGAACAUCUAAGUUGUCCCAUAUUCUGGUUGGAGUCAUGUGUAGUUGGGAUUUCUGUUGCAUGUAAAUAAAUGGAACACUUUGGUCGAAA